AUGUCUGAGUUUAAGAUGACCAUAUGCUGCAUGGGGGCCGGUUACGUAGGUGGCCCGACCAUGGCUGUGAUAGCAGCAGCUUGUCCGGAUAUUAAAGUAGUUGUUGUGGAUGUGUCUGCAGCGCAGAUUGCCAAGUGGAAUACACCUGAUGAUAUUCCUAUCUAUGAGCCUGGACUUAAGGAACUUGUUGACGCCCAGCGCCACAAGAAUCUCUUCUUUUCUACAGAUGUGGACAAAUAUAUCCAGGAGGCUGCCAUUAUUUUUGUAUGUGUGAAUACACCCACAAAGACAAGUGGCAUUGGAGCAGGGAGUGCUGCUGAUACAAAGAACUGUGAAGCUUGCGCCCGUAAGAUUGCAGAAGUAGCGACUGAGGAUAAAAUUGUGGUGGAAAAAUCGACAGUCCCUGUGCGUACGUCCGAGAGUAUUAAGGCUGUGUUACGUGCUAAUUCCAAGGGACUUAAAUUUGAAGUACUGUCCAACCCUGAGUUCUUGGCUGAAGGAACAGCUAUCAAGGACUUGCAAAAUCCAAGCCGCAUUUUAAUUGGAGGAGCAGAGACACCAGAAGGACACGCCGCUGUGGAGAAACUCGUAAGUGUUUAUGCCUAUUGGGUACCUCGUGAACGGAUCAUCACGACCAAUGUCUGGUCGUCGGAGCUGUCGAAACUUGUGGCCAAUGCUUUCUUGGCGCAGCGUAUCUCUAGCAUUAAUUCGAUUUCCGCCUUGUGUGAAGCGACCGGUGCCAAUGUACACGAAGUGGCGCGAGCUGUUGGUGCUGACGACCGCAUUGGUGCCAAGUUUCUCAACUGCUCAAGCUUCCAUCUGCCUGAGGUGGCUGAGUACUGGCGCCAAGUUGUGACGAUGAACGAGUAUCAAAAGACUCGUUUCGCGACUACGAUGAUCAGUCGGAUGUUUAACACGGUAACGAACAAAAAGAUCUGCAUCUUUGGUUUUGCCUUCAAGAAGGACACGGGUGACGUGCGUGAGACACCUGCUGCCACGAUUCUGAAGUAUCUGUUGGAGGAGAAGGCAAACGUGGCGGUUUAUGACCCGCAGAUUAAGAUCGAAGAUAUGAUGCACGAGCUCGAGUACCAGGGUGUGAAUAGCACUAGCCAUCCUAUGAUGGACAAGCUGCUUACGGUGUACAACGAUCCUUAUGAGGCUGCCAUGAAUUCUCAUGCCAUCGCUGUGCUUACUGAAUGGGAUGAGUUCAAGACACUGGACUAUGCUAAGAUCUAUACGGGAAUGACCAAGCCCGCCUUCUUUUUCGAUGGCCGCAAUGUCCUACCGUACGACAAGAUCGCCGAUUUGGGUGCAAAGGUGUACGUUAUCGGCCGCGCCGACGUUGUCUCGGGAGAGCUGCCUUUUUAG